AUGGCUGUCCGGCCACCCAAUAAUAAGCCUGCCAUUCCCCUGUCCGAAGACAGAGAGCGCCAUGUUGAACCUCACCCCGGUCGCCGUCUCAGUAUGUAUGAGCCACAGUACCGGCAAAAGCCACUGCCCCGGGUCCCGGUAGCCGUCAAGGGCUCCUCGUCGGUCGUCCCGCGCCGGGCACCAUCCGUACAGAGUCCUUCGCACCCGCGCAGCAGUCAAUCAUCCUCACAGCCCCAGUCGCCCCGGCGGACGUCGUCUACAACACGCACCUGCACAAGGCCGUCCCUGGACCAACAAGCACCGAGACCACCCAUGAGGCUCCCGAUGCCGGAGCUGGCGCCAUCACAGCCCAUGAGAAAAUCCGACAGACAGUCGAGCUUUUCUCGUGGUGCAUCGGGCCCUAGAUCGUCCCAAAAAGUCAACAGCUUGAUAGGGCAUGCCUUGGAUCUCCCCCCGGCCGAGACGUAUGAUCCGCAUAGCAGAACCAGCUCCAGCUCUUAUGCGGGUUUCUCUGACGGCGACUCAGCCACGGCGUCCGAUGAUGAAGACUACUGCCCCGAGGAGCAGGGUACCUCCAGCACGGAGGAGGUGCUAAUAUGCGUGGAGGAUGACCUCUUCCACAACGACGAGGCUUGGUGGGCGGAGCACCGAGCGCCAGCCGCUGCAAUCCUGCCACAAGCGCUCGCAACCUCACGGCAUGGCAAGACGCCCAGUUUCGGCGACACAUCUCUUUCCCACUGCAAUCGCAGUCAGACCCUCGAGCGGAGCGGGAACUGGAAUCCGGGUGGCCAGCUGCCGCGCCGGCUGACGCCAGGCCAUGGGCAGUUUACCGAUAAGCGCGCCGCCAGCGACUACCAUCGCGUCGCGGCGGAACUGGCCACCCCGUGUCAGUUUGUAAAUCCGUUGAAGCCGGCGUCUCUCUAUGCCAGUCACCAGACGUUGCCGGAGCAGGGCAGCAAAAAGACACGAAGCAGGGGCAAGUUUCGUCGAGCUCGCACUGCGGCCUUUGGCCUGUUGUGGGCGCGAACAAAGGACCCCAGCCCACAGCCGCCGCCGCCACGGCCGCCGCCACGACCACCUGCGUUGCCGGAGCUCCCUCCUUCCCUCUCCCCCUUUAGAUCUUUCGCCGAGCCGGUACGACCGGUGCGUCUGCCUUCAUGCUCGGAAAGAUCUCUACCCUUUGAAGAAUAUACGCCCAAGGAGCACCCCACUACCUUCUGUGACGAGACAACACUGAAGAUGCGCUGCCCGCCGAGGGUGCCCGCCGUCGGUGUGCGUCCAGCGCCGACGGCGGCGGCGCCGCAGCCUGCCGUGCCGGAGCUGCCUUCUCCCUCGUCCACCUUUACGCUCGCCGAGCCAGUACGACCUGCGUCUUCGACUACGUGUGCAGAAGAAGAAGAGACGCCCAGGAAGCACUCUACCGCCUCCUUUGACGAGACGGCCCUGAGGAAGCCUCCCUGCCCGCCAGCGCUUCCCGCCGCCGGCGCGCGUCAGCCAGCGCCCUCGCCGUCCCCGCACCGCCAGUAUAGUCUGUUUCCACGGUCGACCAUGCCUCCGCCAUUGAUGCACCUCCAGCCUCUGUUGACGACGCUGUCGCCGCUGCAAGCGAUCCAAUCCGAAGCUCAGCUAAUGUCCAUGCCGCCGGCGCAGGUGAUUCAGUUCCAGUCCCGGCAGACAAUAUCCCCGCAGCACGCGAGCGUCUUUGAACACGACUCGGACAAUGAAGAGGACGACAAGGACAAGCCGUCAUCGUCCUCGUCGCCAUCAUCGUCGUCGUCUGGCGGGGGCGUCAUGGGCCUGCUGGCCAACGCGCGCGACCGGAAGUGGCCCCCGCCGACGGGACGCCGCCAGUCCCGUGUGCGCCGCGAGUCGAUCAGGGUGCUGCACAUACCGGAGCCGGACAAGGGGCAGGCGUCGGCCGAGGUGCCGAAAAAUACUAAUGAACCAAAGAGGCCGAGACCGCGCGAUAUGAGCAGGCUGGAACCGUACUCUGGUGCGCCGGGCGUCCUGUUGUAG